ACGUCAUGUGUGCAACCCAAUCAUCCAGUGCGGGACAACUCGUGUCGGGGUGCAUCUGUGACGGUCGAAGGAAGUUCGCGGGAACAUGAGGGUGAUAGCCGAGGUCGCAAUAGUAAGCCGGCAUCCCCGUGGCUGGCGGGACGGCGUGGUUGUAGGCUAUCUCCGCGUGGGCAAGAUGGAGAUCCCACUGCUGGUCAUCACGAACAAUCUUUUAGAGAAUAUCUCCGAGAGUCUUGUUCGUGACCUCGGUCUGACCAUCUGUUUGAGGAUGGUAAGACGAGAAGAAGCGGAGCUGGGUGCCGUAAACCUCGUGGAGCCGUCGCCAGAAUCGGCUGGGAAAGCGCGGGUCACGCUUGGCGUAGAAGCCAUGUCUACGCAAGCGGUCAAGGACGUUGCGGAGGUGUCUGAGAUGCUCCUCAAGGGUACGACUGUAGAUCAGGAUAUCGUUGAGGUAGACGAGAAAAUACUGCUCCAGGAUGUCCUUGAAGAUGUCGUUCAUCGCCUUUUGGAAGGUUGCGGGUGCGUUGGUGAGGCCGAAUGGCAUCACCGUAAACUCGUGGUGGCCGAAGAGCGAUCGGAACGCCGUCUUCGACUGGUCCGCUGCAGCGACGCGGAUUUGAAGCUCGUCGGAACGAGGCAUGGGGUAGUUGUUCUUAACCGUGUAGCGGUUGAGACCACGAUAGUCGAUCCAGAGACGGAGAGUUCCAUCCGCUUUGCGAGCAAAGAGGACGAGUGCACCCUACGAGGAGUUGCUGGGUUUAAUGAAACCCAGUCUCAGGAGCUCCUUAAGUUGACGCUCGAGUUCAGUGGCCUCGGGGAUCAAGAGUCUGUAGGGUGCCUGGUGGUGAACACGAUAGUCAAGCACAAGCUGGAUGGAGUGCUCGACGUCACGCAUCGGUGGAAUGCCGGCGUACGAGAACGACAAUGGGAAAACGUCGUGGUACUCUCGAACGAGGUCACGACUCCAGGUUGGGUCAACGAACCACGGCAGGAGCCGGGAAGAGGCGCGCAGUUGGACAAGGAGACGCUACGAGAUCUGAUCGACGUCACUUGCUGGAUAGACUGUCCGAGGCCGGUCGAUCUGAUCGACUAUUGCCGAAAACACGUAGAGGACAGGUACGCUGGCUUGGAGGAGCUAAGGGCAGAUGAUCGCGUGAAGAGGGACUGUCCUGACCUUAGGCGAACCAUAGAUGAAGGACUUGUCGUACUUGAUGAUCGCAAGUACAUCAAGUGGGCAGAUGACCUCGGCGACGUAUCGAUGUUCCCUUCGAUGAAGGAGAACAUUGAGGCCAGGCGUGUACGACCAGGGUGGAAGUUUGCGCAGAAGGAGAAGGAAGAGGUAAUCGCCUUUCUAAAGGAGAAGAUGGCGUCGCAUGUGGCGGAACCGUCUGAUAAUGCUUAUGCGAACAAGGACAAUGAGAAGGUCCGAAGACUAUACUGGUGGGAAGGGCAGUACAAAGACGUCGAAAAGCAUUGUAUGACCUGUGAGGAGUGUCAGAAGAGAUCGCUUGUGAGAUACAAGGAGUCGCUUCAUCCGUCCUAUCCUACUCGAUCGGGCGAGAAGGUCCACAUCGACCUGGUUAAGAUGUCGAAGGGAGUAGGCAAUAUGAAUUAUGCCGUGAACAUCAGGGAUGACUUCACGGGGUUUGUUGACGGUAAGCCUAUUAGAACCAAGGCAGCUAGAGAAGUAAAGAACUUUGUUCUGGAGUACCUGUCUAGAUACGGAUGUGUCAGUAGGAUUGUGAUGGACAGAGGAGCGGAGUUCCUAGCAGACAAGAUGCAGAACGUGUUCAAGAAAGCGGGAGCUAGAAAUGCUAAUCCACCAAAUCAACCCGCCCCACGUGCACGAGCUCCCAUGACGCCACCUGAUCUCUACCUAUUUGAUCCGGCGCACCAUCUCGCAGGAGCAUGGCUGGCCACACUUAGAGCACAGCAGUACGAUGAUAAUGAAGCACAGAUGAACAUCCCGGCUCGAAUGGGAGGAGACGCUCAUCAUUGGUAUAGUAUCUACGUAUGGGUUGAUCUCCCGACCUUCGAACGGGAUUUCAUGAACCGAUUUGAUUAUGUUCACCCCGAGCAAGCGCUGUACAUGAUCAAGGACCGAGUGCAAAAACCUCUCGAAUCCGUUGCAGAAUAUCGAAACCGGUUCUACAGAAUGUUCGUGAAAACUGAGCGAGGUGAGCAAGUGGGAAGAGAUUUGUUUAUUGACGGGCUUCGCAGCCGAACAAUAAGGGCUAAAAUGCGAAAGCAAUUUUCCCCCAUCACUCACACGCUGCAACAAAUCAUGGCUGCUGCGGAGGAAAUGGAACGAAAGUUCGCAGCAAACUUCCUGGAAGGAAAAGAUUAUCCUAGAGAAGGAGAUUCGACCGAACUCGCACGAGCAAGAGCUGAGUUGGCUGCCUUGCAGAACAAGUUUGAAAACAUGGGAUUUGUAUCAGGACCUGUCACCUAUAUGGAACAGAUAGGCCCCAAACGAGUGGUCCUAAGUGAGAUUCCGAGCACCUCCGCUCCAAUGAUACCCCCGCCCGUCAGAGCGUUACCCCCGCCCCCGAUUGAGGCUCCCGUACGAUCGAACGAAUCAGCGGCCAUUUUCGAACUAACCAAGACAUUGAUUAGUCUAAUGCAGGAAAGCAAAAAGGAGCAGCGAGAGCACAAUGCUCUGCAGGAAGCCAUGAUGAGGAACAUGCGGCCCAUUGCGGUGCGCGCCCCUCCGAUACAGCAAGGAUUGGCCCCGGCACCUGCUCUCGGGGGAGCCGCGAACAAUCUGAAUGUCUGUUAUGCCUGUCAUCAGCCAGGACAUCUAGCCCGUGAUUGCCCCCACCGACCCCCGCAACAGCGGAUCGGGGUCGCGCCGAUGGCGGCUGCCCCAAUCGCUAACGGACCAUGGCGAGUCGGAGCUUUAAUGGAAGAAGUAGAGGGUGGGGGAAGUGCCCUGACCACCACGGAAGAGGCCGCCAAGCUAAUCCCGCUAGAUCAGUAUGUAUCCCUUGGUUAUCCCGGGCUUGGAAUGAUCGGAACAGCCAGACCUGCGCCAGAGCCGAAAGAGGUGGCGGAGUGGCGACCUUCUCUAGGAGAAAUGGAGUCGGGAGGACCCACCUUCGUCACAGGAGAGAUCGAUGUAUUAAACAUCCUCUGGUCCUUGGACCAUCGGAUUCCACUUCCGAUCGGUCAUCUACUCUCGAUCUCCGAGCAAGCCAAUGAGCGAAUGUUACAGCACUGCAAGGCGAACCGAAAGCGAUUCGCCGUCGCCCGAACGCCAAACGUAAAAGCUAAAAGCCCCACGCCCGCAGAAAACCCAACACGCACGUUGGAUCUGAAACGGGUAGAAUGCGAUAUUGAAAUUUGGGGAAUUCCUUACAACGCAAUCAUAGAUUCGGGAGCAGCUGUGCUGGCUAUUUCACUGAGAGUGGUCGAAAGGGCUGGUAGGAAAAACGAUCUGAUCAUGCUCACUGAGAAAGAUCAGCUCGUUUCGGCAGAUGAAGAAAAAAUUAAGACCGUGGGAAGAAUGACCAAUGUCGCUUUCCGAUUAGGAAAAGUGCACGCGCUUGGAGAUGUCGUAGUCCUAGAUGCUAAUACGUACGACGCUCUUUUCAGACUACCCGCUCUUGUGGCCCUACGAGCGAGCUUGGAUUUCGAACGAAGAUCGAUUAUCCUGCGAAAUACAGGAGGGAAACCAUACGUUGUGCCCAUGCGAUUGACCCUUCGUACUACCAUUAACACGGUCUCGCGGGUUUCGCCGAUGAUGGCAGGGACUCUCCUCAUGAUCUCCUGGGAUGAAUCCGCCGAUGAAAAGUCAUCGACAAAUGAUGCGGACAACAGCGACGAAGAUGAUCCGGAGAUCUUGAAAUUAGCACGACAGCGUGUUUACUACCCGCCGCCCAAAACGAUAGCGAGAACGAUGCAACUGACCAGCCGAAAAAUUCAAAGGACCAAGGCGAUGAUCCUGGGUGAGCCCCUCGUGGAGAUCUCGAGGAUGGUCGAUUCUUUGGAAACCCCUCAAACUCUGUACGAAGGAAUCACCCCUCUCCUCGCCCGGUAUAACGACAAGAGGCAUUACUGUGACAUUACAGAUCUACCGAGGUCCUUAUUGACAUCUGCUAAGGAAGUAAGAUUGUUAUGCUUGGGGGCGGAAGCAAGUUCUCUGGAACCCCGUGGGCGUCUCGAAGCAGCAACAGACGAACUGGGGAUAAAGAUCGCAACUAAGAACGUGCCAUGGCAGGAUAUUUGUGACGGGAUUACCCCGGAAGGACACGUGGCAAUCCGGGAAGAAGAUGCCCAGAUGAUGGCCACGGUGUUCUCCUGGCGAUCGGACCAUUCGUUCAUCUCGGCGCCUCCACCCGAUGUGGCAAAACAGGCGCGUACGAAACAGAUUGACGUUCGGAUCAGGGACCAACUAUUCGAACUACACGUUCCACAGUACGUACCGGAUGAAAUCCACCAGGUUCAAGCCUUCUUGGGGUUAGCGUCGUACUACCGGCGCUUCAUCAAGGGCUUUGCCGCGAUUGCGCGACCAUUAACGAAUCUAUUACGGAAGGACCGGCCUCUCAGCUGGGACGCGGAGUGCCAGCACGCCUUCGCGACCCUCAAAGACGCCUUGGCGACGGCUCCUAUUUUGAUCCGACCGGACCCCUCCAAGCAGUUUAUCCUCAUUGCGGACUGGCAACCGAAAGCCAUUUUCGCUAUUUUAGCGCAGAAGGGGAGCGAUGGUCGUGAACACGUCAUCGAGUACGCGUCGCGCACAGUGCCAGACGAACGUCGGAAUGACUCGGCACCUCAAGGCGAGUGUUAUGCGGUAGUUUGGGGAAUCCAACACUUCCAUCAGUAUCUCUACGGACAGAAGUUUCGCCUCGUGACGGAUCACGAGCCUCUGCUAGCUUUGAAGAAGCUCACCAACUACACGGGCAUGAUUGGCCGUUGGGUGGUGCGACUGCAAGAAUACGACUUCGACAUUGUUCAUCGGAAAACGGAGAGACACGGCAACGCGGACGGACUGACACGUCUGCAUCGACCUGCUAAAUCUGAUAUCCAUCCUCGCCUUUCCUACUGUCUAAAGCCUCUUGUUGUCCCCCUUCUUCAUCCUCCCCAUUGGAUCCUGUGGCGCGAGGAGUUCAUCGAGCUUUCAGUGUGUUUGGUUGAGGUACGGCUGACGUGGACCGAGGACGGAGUGCACCCACCUCACAUAGAGCGUCUGGAGUUGCUGCUUAUCCAGGCCUGGCGUACCAACGUGGAAGGAGAGCUUCUCGCGUUUUUAUUUGGAACAGUGCGGCCCGGUCAUCAGGAGCUUAUUGCGCAAGAGCUCACUAUCCCGGUAGCGCAGCUGGCGGAUGAUCUCCCUCUCGACAUCAUCGCGCAAGACGACGAGCAUCCGGUUCCCCACGUACUCUCUCGCACAUUGACACCUUACCUUCAGUGGUCGGCUUGCGUGGAAGGAGCCGUAGAACGCAUCCUGCCGUCGCAGCAACAGUAUUUGGCUCCCCGGACGGCUCGCGAUCCUGACUUCUUCAGGUACCCUACAGCGGAGCAGUUUGCUGCCAUUCGAGAAGAAGAGGAGGAAGAAGAGAGCACCGGGAGUGACGAAGGAGAAGACGCGCAGGAAGAGAGAGGGGAUAGCGACGAAGUGCUCGGUGAAGAGGACGAAACCCCCGAAGAAGGAAGCUAUAGCGAGCAUAGCGAGGGGGAACAGAGCGAAGAAGAAAAAGACGAGGAAGAAGAAGAGGAGCGCGAAGACGAGCCUGCUGGAUCGGAGUGGGAAGCCGUGCCGGAGGAAGCACUGCGUACGGGCACAGAGGCUGAAGAUCCCGAGGCGGCCCGCAAAAGAGAAGAGAUCGCGGUCGGGAAGGAGUUAGAACUCGCAAGCGCGACGAGUCUGCAGAUCCACGACGACCCGAACCGAGAUCCGGAGCCACCCCGACCUAAAGAUGGCGACCUCGCGGCCACGACUCCAACCCCAUCAGCGCGGCGACGGAGCCGAUCCCCCUCCUCCCCAACCCGUCCCCCAGUUCGCCGACGUACCGAUACGGGCGAUCGGCCUUCGUCCCCGAUCACUCUCUCGCCGUCCCCUUGACUACUUCACCCUCCGCCAGCUCACCACCCCCGUCACGUUCCCCUCCAAUCCGUUCCCCCGCAACACCUUCCG